AUGUCAUUUUCAGGCUUUUUCUUCAGCUCUAGUGAUGUAAUGGAAGUUAUUGAGGACUCAAACAUAACUACUGUCAACAGAUUUAUUCUCCUUGGCCUUGCUGAUACACCAUACCUAAAGGCCAUAAACAUUACAGCCUUCCUCAUCAUCUAUAUAGUUACAUUGUCAGUAAACUCUCUACUUAUCAUCAUGGUAAGAAUCAGUUUACGACUCCACACUCCAAUGUAUUUCUUCUUAUGUAUCCUCUCCAUUGUCGACAUCAGCCUCUCUUCAACAACAGUACCUAAAAGCCUGGUCAUCACUUUAACGCAGGAUAAAAGUGUUUCAGUCUUUGAUUGUGCUUUACAGAUGUUCUUCCAUUCAGCCCUAGGUGCAACGGAGUGUAUUAUUCUGGCUGUUAUGGCCUAUGACAGAUACGUUGCCAUCUGUAAACCUCUGCACUAUAACACAGUUAUGAACAAGACAUUCUGUAUUUGUAUUACAGGCAGCUGCUGGGCUGUGGGUUGCAUAAACUCUGGUGUUCAAGUUGUAUACACCUUCCAGUUACCAUUUUGCAGGUCCCACCAAGUCAACCAUUUUUUCUGUGAGGUGCCUCCAUUUCUCCGUCUCUCUUGCAGAGAUACAUGGUUUAAUGAGGUAUCAUUGUACAUCUCAGGUAGCACAAUUGGCCUUUGUUCACUUUCCUUAACUCUUAUUUCAUAUGUUUAUAUAAUCUCUACCAUUUUCAAUAUCCGUUCCAUUCAAGGAAGACAUAGAGCUUUCUCUACUUGUACCUCACAUCUCAUUGUGAUCUCCCUGUUCUAUGGGACUCUCAUUUUCAUGUACUUGCUUCCUCGCUCCAGAUACUCUCCAGAUACAGACAAGACUGUAUCCAUUAUUUACACAGUUGUGAUUCCAAUGCUGAACCCCAUCAUCUAUAGCAUAAGGAAUGCCGACAUCAAAAAAGCCAUAAGAGAAAAACUGACCAGUCACCAAAACUUGUGA